AUGGAUAUAACUCGGGUGAGGACGUAUAAGAAUGGGUCCCUGGAUUUGCGAGGUAGAGCACUUACUGUUACGGUCGGAUCAACUAAUCCAGUGGCGUUUUCCGUUCAUGAGCAUUUAAUUUGUGGCACUUCGGAUUAUUUUAAAACUGCUAUGAAGGGUCACUGGGAGACAUCUACCAGUGGGUCUAUCACUCUCAAGGAAGAAGACCCGGAAGUGUUUGAGAUAUACAUGCACUGGUUGUACUUUGAAACACUCCCAGUCCAGAACGACAAUCCUGGACUAGAAGGGAACACUGAAUACAUACAACUCGCAAAAGCCUACGCAUUGGGAGAGCUGCUUCAAGAUACCUGUUUCAAGGACGCUGUCUUGGAUGGGAUCUUGCUCAAAUCCCGCUCCAAUGCAACGGACGGUCAGUCCUGGUUUCCUGUUGGGCCGGCCAUCCGCUACAUAUAUGACGGAACUCCCGAAGCAUCGCCCGCUCGACGCCUUCUGGUUGAUUUAUAUACUUACCAUGGACGUGGAGACUGGUUAACGGAUUGGGCCAGUAAAGAGGACCUGCCUAAACAGUUCCUUCUCGACCUCGCCGUUGAAGCCUUGGAAACGAGAGCUUGCCCACCUGUACCCCUAUCUCAAGUAAGAGGAACUUGCGAAUAUCAUGAGCACCAACCCGAUCCCAAUAGCUGCUAUUUGAACCGUUCAGCAUCAAACCGUGGUAAGGCACCAUAG